AUCAUAUAUUUGAAAAAGUAAAUCCUGAGAUGGAAAAGCUGGGAUAUGAGUGCAAGUGCCUUGGAGGAGGGAAAAUUGACCAUAAUAGCAAAGACAAGAAAAUUAGGGUAUUUGGGCUCUCUACAGGCUAUGGAAAAGCAGAUCAUUCGGUGACUGUAGAGAUACUGAAAAAAGUGUAUACAGAUUAUGAAAUUACAUGGUCAGAUGACAAGAAAUAAAUUGGCUGAUUAUGAACACAACAGGCAGUUCAAAUCUGGUAACUGUGAGUUGUACUUUGAUAAAUAAAAUUGAAUGUGUCUUCU